AUGGAACCUGUGAUGACCGCCCAGCAGGUGGUCUCAAGACCGCCAACCGCAAUAUCGAGCAUGCUGAACGAGCCCACGGUGCACAAGGAGCCCAGCAGCGCCGACAGCGCCUAUGCCUCCCAGAAUAACUCAAAGCAUUCGAGCCUCACAACCACCCAAAACGGUAUUGGCACCCACUUGCCCUGCGAUGCGCCGCCUGUGGUCGACAAAACACCAUCGCCCGUAACCAACGGAGUGACGCUUCACCCCCUCACCUCCCCUACCGGCACCAUGAGCGUUGCCUCGAUUGUGUCGCCCACGAUACCCGAGCACCAGGAGACAAUGGCAGGCGGCAAUAGGCUGAGCGUUCAGACAAUUGACUCGGCGCUGCACAAUGGUUCCCUCAAUGGCGAUUCCCGCCGCGAGUCCGUCGACAGUCGACUCGGCGCGAAUUUUGGCGAUAUGCGCCUAGGAGCUUCCCCAUAUACUUCGAACAACCAAUCUACCACCUCCCUUCAGAAUUCCCUUGCCCAACAAAGGAACCCGGGCGCGACCGAUCGACCCCCGCUGGGCUUCCGUUACUCGGAUCAGUUUUCCCCACGAUCGUCCCGCUUCUCCGAGCGAAGUGAUCCAGUAUCACCAACCCGAGGGGGUCUGAUGUCGAAAACCGCGCCCCCGAUCCAUGGGCCGCCGUCAAGGGAGAUUGCUGAGGCUCCUCAUGCCAUCCCGGGUCAAGCAUGGGCGCUCGACUUCCACGCUGACCCCUCGGAAAGCGACGCUCAUAUCAACCGACAAGGGACAUCGUUUUACAAUGACGAUUCGAGGCGCAACUCAUUCACGGAUUCCAUCGCAAGCAGCGCAUAUACUGCCGAGUCACGUCUGCCCCAUGGCCAGCGGCGCUUUGAUGAACAGUCAGAGCCUACUCACCGUCUCUCGCGAGCUUCGUCGGAGCUUCAGGUCUCGACGCAUCAUCAUUCUCUUCAACAUCGGCAAGUUGCUGAGCUGCAAGGGGAGAGCGGUACUUCUCCAGGGGGCAGCCAACCUUACUCGCGCACGCCUGAAUUGAGAGUUUCACAUAAACUUGCAGAACGGAAGCGCCGGACGGAGAUGAAGGAUUUAUUUGAUCAAUUGCGGGAUCUUAUGCCUCAGGAGCGCGGCUCGAAAGCCUCGAAGUGGGAGAUUCUCACCAAAGCAAUUUCCGAAUAUACCAGGGCUACGAACGAUAUCACGAGGCUGUCGAGCAGAAUGCGCUCAUUAGAGGCAGAACUGGAGACAUCCCGUCGGGAGGCAGCCGCCUUGCGACUAGAAAACAGCCAGCUCCGUGGAGAGUUGACUACCUUCACCAACCCCCAUCGCCCCGCUCAACAACAACCCGCAAUGAACUCGGACUACCCUUCAAUGAGCAACAAUGUGUACGGUAGAAACGGCCAUGACGCAGCUCCCCGACACGACACUUAUGUCAUUCGAUCAGCGGAGCAACUUCCUCCCAUCAGAAAUGCUAUCAAUGGACAUCCACAAGGCCCUGAAGCCAUGAGUGGAGUUCAAUAUCAAAACGGCUUCCGCUCAGGGGCCGAACAUUUCUAA